UGCGGCUGGAUCUGUGCACCGACGCUAGAAAUGGCCAAAUGGGUAUAAAUGGCGGAUACGAUACCUUGCCGGCCUGUGCUGCGGCUCUCUCCAUCUCCGCCCCGUCUCCAAUUUCCACGUCCAGGCGUUCAAUGUGAGUGAUUCCUCUUUUGGAGAGGAAUUGAAUUGAGAUCUUGAUAGGAAGUGAAAUCCCUUUAGAGAGGACUGAUUUUUGUCGGUGGAUUCCCGAUCGGCGCCGCCGUCCAGAUCUAGGAGGGAAACGGUGAAAAAUGGAGUCGUUUCACGGGAUCAAGGUCUGGAUCUUACUUGUUUUCUUCAUUGCGUUUUCCCAAUUUGGCGAGGGGUUUUAUCUUCCUGGCACUUACCCUCAUAAGUAUGAAGUCGGUGAUUUCUUGAAUAUGAAGGUCAAUUCCUUGACCUCAAUUGAUACUGAAAUUCCGUAUAGCUAUUAUAGUUUGCCAUUUUGUCGUCCGAGCGAGGGAAUUAAGGAUAGUGCUGAAAAUUUGGGGGAAUUUCUGAUGGGUGAUAGGAUAGAGAAUUCGCCUUAUAGGUUUAAGAUGUUCACAAAUGAGAGUGAUAUUUAUCUGUGCCAAACUAAACCGUUGUCUGCCGACGAGUUCAAGCUUUUGAAAGAGAGAAUUGAUGAGAUGUACCAAGUUAAUGUGAUUUUGGAUAACUUGCCGGCCAUUCGGUAUGCGAAGAAGGAAGGGUUUUUGUUGAGGUGGACUGGUUUCCCUGUUGGUGUGAAAGUUCAGGAUGCUUAUUAUGUGUUCAAUCAUCUGAAGUUUACAGUUCUUGUCCGUAAGUAUGAGGAAAACAAUGUGGCUCGUGUUAUGGGCACGGGGGAUGCUGCCGAGGUGAUCCCUACAACUGGAAUUGAGGGAUCUGAUAAACCUGGAUACAUGGUUGUCGGGUUUGAAGUGGUGCCCUGUAGUUUCCAGCACAAUGCCGAUUCGCUUAAGAAACUAAAGAUGUACGAUCAUUAUCCAAACCAUAUCAACUGCGAUCCAGGAACAGUGGCUAUGGUGAUUAAGGAGAACGAGCCGGUGGCUUUUACAUACGAGGUGUUGUUUGUGGAGACCGACAUCAAAUGGCCGUCGAGGUGGGAUGCAUAUUUGAAGAUGGAGGGAGCGAAAGUGCACUGGUUCUCGAUUCUUAACUCUCUAAUGGUGAUCACUUUCUUGGCCGGUAUUGUGCUGGUGAUCCUUUUAAGGACUGUCAGGCGCGAUCUUGCUCGGUAUGAGGAGCUCGACAAGGAAGCACAAGCGCAGAUGAACGAGGAGUUGUCGGGAUGGAAACUUGUUGUGGGUGAUGUUUUCCGGGCGCCCACCAAUCCGUCGCUUCUCUGUGUCAUGGUUGGAGAUGGAGUUCAGAUACUCGGAAUGGCAGUCGUGACGAUUAUGUUUGCUGCGCUCGGAUUCAUGUCCCCUGCUUCUCGCGGCACGCUGAUAACGGGCAUGCUGUUUUUCUAUAUGGUUCUUGGACUUGCAGCUGGAUAUGUUGCAGUUCGAAUGUGGAGGACAAUGUUCUGCGGAGAUCAUAAGGGAUGGAUGUCCAUCUCAUGGAAAGUAGCUUGUUUCUUCCCCGGGAUUUCCUUCCUUAUCCUUACGACUCUCAACUUCUUGUUAUGGGGCAGCCAGAGCACCGGAGCUAUCCCCUUUUCGAUAUUCGUUGUACUCAUUUUGCUCUGGUUCUGUAUCUCGGUUCCCCUUACUCUUAUCGGUGGCUAUUUUGGCGUCAAGGCAACUCACAUUGAAUAUCCCGUUAGAACCAACCAAAUACCCCGUGAAAUCCCACCUCAGAAAUACCCGUCUUGGCUUUUGGUUCUUGGAGCAGGUACCCUCCCCUUCGGGACGCUCUUUAUCGAGCUGUUCUUCAUAAUGUCCAGCAUCUGGAUGGGCCGAGUGUACUAUGUGUUUGGAUUUCUCUUCAUCGUACUUAUCCUUCUGGUAGUUGUUUGUGCUGAAGUAUCCCUCGUCUUAACUUACAUGCAUCUCUGUGUGGAGGACUGGAGAUGGUGGUGGAAAUCGUUCUUUGCAUCUGGUUCUGUUGCUAUAUACAUCUUCCUUUACUCCAUCAAUUAUCUGAUCUUCGACUUGAAGAGUCUGAGCGGCCCUGUCUCGGCAACCCUUUACCUCGGCUAUUCUCUCUUCAUGGUUCUUGCGAUUAUGCUUGCUACUGGCACUGUGGGGCUCCUUUCUUCGUUCUGGUUCGUAUAUUAUCUGUUUUCUUCGGUGAAGCUUGAUUAAGAUCCUUGCCUUUGGAUUUAAUAGAAAUUUAUUACUGCAAUAAGACUUUAGUGAUUAUGCCAAAUUUUGUUGAACAAUUUACUGCAUGUUUUCUUUGAAAUUUGUUCUUAUCGGUUAUUAGUGAAUUUUAAUGGAAGAGCAGUGGCUGUUA